AUGGCUAUGUAUUCUUUCACAGGGGUAGGGUUCGGUAAUCCACCUCAUUGGUCUAAGGAUGAUCCUCGGCCACCAGAGGCGCUGCACUUAGGCUCUCACUAUGUGCGAUCACGAGAGUUUGUUCUCAAUUCUGACCAGAAUGGGUGGCAUCAUGUUGCACCCAAUGCUGAGGCUAACACUUUCAGUGCUCACAAUUUGUGUCUGACUAGAGGUCCGCAUGGAUGGGUUUCAUAUUUCAUUGAUGAUGAUCUGCGCGGAGCUGAGGCCACUCAAGAAAUGGUGACUCAGUAUGCAAGUCCAAGUGCUAUACUGAAGAUUCGUCUUUAUCGUAUGACAAGAGGGAAUAUUAAUGGAAGAGCCAUUCUCAGAGAAAUUGUGUUUGUGGUUAACAAUUCGGGCGUCCCACAAGUAAAAGAAAAACAGAGCCAAAGACAGAUGUGGAGUGGGAAUGAGCAGAAGACAGUUAUAGGACGUGGUUAG